AUGUGGCGGAGGGUUUGCCGGUGAAUCGAUAGAGUCUGCAGACGGGAAUAGCGUUCGCACGUUUGCUGUUUGCUUUUCUCCUUUCUAACCAACAAGCAGAUCAUUUGUGCAUCCGUGCAUCUGUUCACUCUUUCUUCCUCCUCUUUUUCCUCUUUCUUUCUCACUCUCUCCUCCACACCCAAAGCAAGGAAUCUCUCACGCCCAGGUUCAGUGGCACUACCCAGGGAUGCUUGCUUGAUUCUUUUUUUCUUGCUCCUUUCUUGAUCACUUUUUUCCACUUUUCUUGUGAUCGUUGCUCUCGUUUCUGGGGGAAACGUUGCGAGACGAUCAUCGGCAAGAUGUUGGGCUUGGACGUCUGCGAGUUUGGUGGACAGUUUCUCGAACUGCUCUGGUUAACAGUGUGCUACAGAGGCCUCAUGGCGGAUAAGGAGAGCACGGUUCCUGUGACUGAGGAGGAGGACGAGCGUGAUCUGAACUACCAGGCUCCAGCUCAGAAGAGCCUGCAGGAGAUCCAGGAGCUCGAUAAGGAUGACGAAAGCCUGAACAAGUACAAGCAGACUCUCCUGGGAUCAGGACCUGUGGUGUCAGAUCCCAAUGUUCCUAAUGUUCAGGUGACGAGACUGACGCUGAUGUGUGAUCAAGCUCCUGGACCCAUCACUAUGGAUUUAACAGGUGACCUUGAGGCUUUGAAGAAACAGAGCUUCACCAUGAAGGAGGGCGUGGAUUACAGAGUGAAGAUCCACUUUAAGGUCAACAAGGAGAUCGUGUCUGGGCUGAAAUACGUGCAUCUGACCUACAGGAAAGGAAUUCGAGUGGAUAAAGCCGUGUACAUGGUGGGCAGCUACGGGCCGCGGGUGGAGGAGCACGAGUUCAUCACUCCGGUGGAGGAGGCUCCCAAAGGCAUGAUCGUCCGAGGGAGCUACCACAUCAAGUCCUACUUCACGGACGACGACAAGACGGACCACCUGUCCUGGGAGUGGAACCUGCAGAUCAAGAAGGAUUGGGACAGCACCGAGUAAACGGGCUGCGUCCCAAACGCACCUGCGCCAGGUGCACAGGGCCUAGCGCAUGUAGGAAAGGCGCACGGAGAAUGGGGUUUGAAUCAGGGUUGGGUUCAAAAAUGGCCGAGAGUCAAAUCGAUGCAAACAUACAGUACUUCAAAGGGAUGUUAAUGAAAUACAACACAACACAAAGCAAGACAUUAGCCGGAGACUCAUUUGCUAAAGAACAUGCUGUAUAAACGACAGAGAUAAAUUCCUUGUGCCCGUACGUACGCUCAGGUUAGUCCGUGUCUCUCUGAACUGUAAAAUGUGUGUAAUUAUGAUGUCUGUAAUUCUUGCGAUGCAUUUAAAUAAGUUCCUGCCGGAGCUCGAGAGCAGAACCGUGCAUGCCUCAGUGUGAAGCGAUUGUGCAAGUGGCUAGAAUUCUGUCCUGACGCUGUAAUCAGACGUUCGUGAAAACCGGCUGGGUCCAGACUUGCGUUCCAACACUGGGUUUAACACGCCCUUGUCGACUUCCCCUAGUGCGUAGGGAGGAGUGGAAAUUUAAAAACAGAAUGCACUUGACCUUGAAGCACAAUGUAACUGAGCUACGACCUAUGUACUGCUAAAUCGACUCGCUAGCUAGCUAACGGAGUAAAUUUACGUCAGGUGUCAGGUAUGGAUGCAAUAUUGCGCGAUAUAAAACACAAUUUGAAGGGAAAUCUGAUAUAUGGCCAUACAUGAACAUACACUCUGAGGGAAAAAAGUUAAAUUAAAAAAAAGUGACCCAACAAUUGGGGCUUUAUGUUUUAGAAAUUCAAAGAAUUUCUUUAGACAUUGAGAACCAUUCAUCAUUCAAAGAACCCUUCAUACAUCAUAAAGUACGGGACAUAUUACAUACAAGUUAUGUAGAAGUGAUAGUGAUGUGUCAUUUGCAGACGAGUCGACUCAAAGAAUCGACUCUUUUAGCUGAAGGCUGAGAGCCGACUCAAACGCGUAAGCCAUUUUUUUCUUCUUUUUUUCCUAGGCAAGACAUUACUUCCACAGUGUAAUUUACUUUCUUUGUAACAUCUGAGUCGUUCGCUAGCGUCAAUUCAUCUUCAGGAAUGCGGUGGAUUUGUUAAUUAAAUCAGAUAUAACUUCUGUGUCGUCUAAACACCAUGUGAGUGUCUUCUUACAUUUCCUACAUCAUCAUUAUAUUUAAAACUAUUUACAUAGUUAUACAAAGAACCUAGGAACAUAUACAUAGAACCUUUUUUUCCGAAAUAGUGUACAUACAAUAAAUAAAUGUUGCUAACGUAAAUGUAGAUACAAUUCAUGUAUACUGUAUAUAUGAAUAAUAUAAGGAUGAUAUAUGGUUUAAUACCGUUUACACAUAUGGCUCAUCUCCUUUUUUAUUAAUAUUAUCAGACAUAAGUUUGUUGUAAAACACCACUUAUGUCCAGGAAAGUUGAUUUUACAUUUUCUUUUAGCUGAUCUGAUGUUUUGUGUUUUUUUUUUCACUCAUAUAUCUGACACUAGAUUUAUACUCAGGGCAAGUAAUUAAAUCAGUGAAAGUCUGCAGAAUUUAGAAAAUGACUACACCCAAAUUAACACAAUUAUAAUUCUAGUUUUAAUUUUAAUUCAAAAUUCAACCCGUGUAUAAACAUCAUAUGUUGUCAUACAUUUUGGAACACAUGGUGUAAAUAAAUAUCCCAUAUUUGAACAUAUUUAACAUAUUUUCAACACAUAUACAGUCGAGUGCAAAAAUGUGCAUAUUCUGAAGACGAAUAAUGCUCAAACAGUGUAUGUUAAGAUAUUAAUAGUGAAAAAUAAUAUAAAAUAAAAUGAAUUCCCUUGUUCUCAUCACUAUCUUACAUACAUUUUCUGGGUGAAAAAAGGAGGAAAAUGUACUUUUGCACUCAACUGUAUGUGUCAUUUAGUGGAACUCCAUAUAUGGCCAUAUAUCAGGUUUCCAUGGGAGACAUCAAAUAUUAUAUUUUUUGAAAUAUUAUAUAAUCUAUCGCUCCUGUUUAUAUUUAUAACCAGCUUCAUCCUGCAUUUUUUACAUGCCAUCACGUCUCAGUGCAUUCUGGGUAAAUUCCGCUCCUGAACCUGACACCGACGUCCCCUCGACUUUCAGGAGUUGAGAGUUCAUCGGACAAAGUAUUAAAUGGCUAGGAAGUCUCCAAGGGCACAUUAGAAACAAUAUUGGAACGCAGCCCAGUGCUGAUUUUAGACGAAGUAAAGUGUGCUAAAUUUCACUCGUGCCAGAGUUUUUCCAGGUUAACGCUAGAAUUAAAUCCACACAAAAUCAUUCCUUACAAUCCAAAGCUUUUGUCUGCCUUCUUUGCUCUUGCAGCGUCGAGGAGCUUCUUAUAUCUCUUCACCUUGAUGAUACUGUAAAAAAAAAAAAUCCCAUUUUUCAUUAAAGUGAUCAUGUACCUCUGUGUGGCCUCUUCAUGUCAUAAAUCAUUAAAUCCACUAUGAAUAGAAAUGGUCACAUGUGCCAAGCUGUGAAAUAUUCCAUGCUAAAUCAAUCACAUGACUGCAGAGGACAACAGUUUAAAAAGAGAAGUGUUAAAGAAUAUAUAAAACAUGUAAUGAUAUGAAUCAGUCUUUUUUUUUUUCUUGUAAAUGUGUCCACAGUCAAAAAGUAAAUAUCUCUUCAAUUAAAAAAAAAAAAAACAGAUUAUACCCCACAUGCUUUUCUAAAAUGGCUGUAAUUACAUCACUAUUUUCAUAACUAGAUGUAAUCCUGAAUAUCUGAAAACUGCAUGUUCAUUUUUUAUGCAACUUUAACACCUUAAAAGUUUUUUUUUCAUUCUCAUCUGUAGAAGUAUUGAAAGCAGGGAUUAAGUGAUGGUAUGAGUCUGGUCUUUGGCUUGUGAUUUCAUGGCUAAAAGAUCAACAUUCAAGAUUUACUGUACAUCUUUUCAUGCAUCUUGCAUUUUUACAAUAAAGUCAACCAAUAAAGCUUGGCUUCAUCUGUG